AGCUUGAUUUUUAGUACCACAACAAAAAUGGCGAUGUACACAAAUAAGUUGGCGCGGUGCUCGCGAUUAGGGCCGAAUUUCGGGACGGUAGUGCGCGGAUUCAGUGCCGAUUCCAGCCGGAAGUGGUUCCUGCAUCCGUCCGUCAAGUACCUGUGCCUGAUUGGGGGCAGUGUGGUGGCCCUGGCGUACGCCAAGCAUCGCCAUCAGCCGCGGGUGUACGCGCUGCAGCUUCGCAAGGAUGAGGUCGCCGAUAAGGCCAUCAAGCUGACGGCCCGCGAGCGCCGGUUCAUCAAGUUCGCCUCGGUCGAGUUCGACGGCCAAAUCUACAUGACGCCGCAAGACUUUCUGGAGUCGGUGGUGGAGCAGGAACCAAGGCCUCGCCUGAAGAGAAAAACGCUGAGCCCAGAGGAGGUGCAAAAGCUAAAAGACGUCACGCCCCAGCUCAAGCACGGAUCUUCGCAGCUAUUCCGCAGCCUGCGCGAUAAGGGAAUAAUCUCUUACACCGAAUAUCUGUUCUUGCUCUCGGUUCUGACCAAGCCCCACUCUGGAUUCCGAAUUGCGUUCAACAUGUUCGAUACCGAUGGCAAUUCGCGCGUUGACAAGGACGAAUUUUUAGUGAUCCGUCAGCUGCUCGGAGGAUCACUCAAGGAUCGUGACCUAGACGAAGCCACUAGAAAAGCUUUACUUCGCUUGGUAUCGACCACGGCCCAAGCCAAGUUCCUGCUGCGAGGGUACCGUCCGGAAAAGACGCCACCAAAGUCGCUCAAGGCGGUCAAAGAAGACCUCAAGCAAACUUCCCCAUCGCCGUCGUCGUCGUCAUCAUCGGAAGAAGCAAUCAAAAGUAGCAAGAAGAGUUUUAUGGAGAAGAUAUUCAGCUUUGCCUGGAAGGGAAAACGCGGAAUCGAAAGCAAGGAGGGAGAGGAAGCUGAAGAACAUGACGACUACGUGGACGACGAGCAGGGUCUGCAGCGAAAGCACAAGGUCGACACGACGCUGCAGAUUCACUUCUUCGGCAAGAAGGGCAACCAGGAUCUGCAGUACGACGGCUUCUACAACUUCAUGAAGAACCUCCAGACGGAGGUGCUGGAGCUGGAGUUCUGCGAGUUCUCCAAGGGUUGCGAGUGCAUCACGGAGGUGGACUUUGCCAAGAUCUUGCUGCGGUACACCUACUUGGACACUGACGAGUACGACAACUACCUGGACCGUCUGCUGGACAGAGAGGCCAAGGAGAAGGGCGUUUCGUUCGACGAGUUCCGUCAGUUUUGCCAAUUUCUGAACAACCUGGACGAUUUCUCGAUCGCCAUGCGGAUGUACACGCUGGCCGAUCAACCUAUUUCCAAGGACGAAUUCGGACGCGCCGUCAAGAUCUGCACCGGCUCGGAGCUGAACUCGCACCUGAUCGACACGGUGUUUGCGAUCUUCGACGAGGACGGCGACGGGCUGCUGUCGUACAAGGAGUUUAUCGCCAUCAUGAAGGACCGGCUGCAUCGCGGAUUCAAAUCGAACGUGAAAUCCGAGGGCUGGGAGGCUUUCAAGCACUGUCUCAAGCAGGAAAUGAAACAGCAAUCUUAAAUUAUCAAAACAUUUAUCGUCAGUAUAUCUUCCCGCAAAUGGAUAAUCACGUAAGAUUGUCCAGAAGCAACUAUACCAAAAAUCUACUCCCUCCGCGCUUUAGGUGAUUUUCUCUCGUGUUCGGUGCAAUUCAACUAAUUUGUUGUUAAAUUAAAAUUUGUUUUAGCUAAAAUUUACGUUUUUGAUGUUGUAAAUCGAACGUUACCCACUAGGCAAUUUGAGUUAGGUUAAAAUUGAAACUAUUUGCCAUCGUACUACCUAUUUAUUGAAGGAACUUGUUAUUUACCAACCUAGAAUUACAAAUUAUGAAAUUUAAAACAACUCAUAUAAUUGUUAAAACUCCCUCAUCUUCUACGACCCAAAGCUUUUAAAAUAUGGCUUUUAACGUAUCAAACCGAAUAGCACAAACCGCGCACACAUUUUAACCUGCAUUUUUAACAAACAGUUUAAAAAAAUCAAAGGGGGUUAUUUUCUAUGCUGACAAAUAGUUCUACCGUCAAUUCUCAAUCGGUCGUAACUUUGGAUGUAAACAAGGCAGCCCAUCUCGCACACGUCAAACUAUGCAUUAGCUAGAGUGAGCGGGAUACACAUGUGUUUAUACAUUCAAUAUGUUAGUCCAUUUGAAACGUCACCUCAUUGUUCAUUUCGGUCAAUCUAAUCUAAUCUACCACUAGCGCUGCCAAAUCUUUCGAACAUCUUUUACCAUCACCAAGCCUCCUGCGUUACAUCAACCGCUGAGACGAUUCUUUGAAACGGUCCAUAAAAAGUUACUUCCUGUUGAAAUGUUUCUGAAGCAUCGUUUGACCCCUCAUCGCAGCUGUCAAAGUGACACCAGUGUUGCCAGUUUAGCAACUGGCACCGAGGGGUAAAUCAAUGCAACGGAUGGCUUCUAGGACCCAUCAAACUUAAAGUAUAGAUCAAACGGAUUGUUGAAUAAACCUAUUAUUACUGUAAGCA